UACAGCACACAGAGACUGCGUUUCAAUAAAACAACGAAAUUAUUGGUAAAAUAAUCUCAAUAGUUCUCUGGCUUAAUACGAUAUUACAUUUUUGAUUUCCAAAUUUUCCGAGAAAAUCCGAGAUUUUUGCCCCAGCGUUUUAACGAUGAUCCGAGGAGCUCAAGAGUCGAAACGGAAAUAGGAACACGACCUGUUAUUUGUCUUUACUUUCUUCCUUAUUAGGUGUUGGCGAUUUUUUGCAGUAACAGACUGGCGUAAACGAUGUCGAGCAAGUCAAAUCAAAGAGAUACCGGUUGGCUGUCAGGUCUACUUAGCAUUUUGCCAGUGCGCUCUGUAGCCAGUACCUGUAAAAAUUUUUUCUUUGGUGAGCAUGGGCAAGCGAGGUUGAGGGAAAGCCCAGAUAGACCGAGCUCGAUUAGCUGCUCAUCAUCUUGUCUAACAGUAACAACUUCAACCGAACUGAGUUUACGUGGACGCCUGAAUCGUCCCGAAAGCUCUGUUCACUUUCUGACAGAGACAUCUUCCACAGAAGCCGCAACGGAUAUAAUAGCGUUCGACAGUCGAAAGCAUUCCAUACUCAGAGAAAGGACGGGAGUAAGCAAGCACAAGAAAAACUUGGGUGCCUCUAACGGUACUUCAAGACGGAAACCUUUGGUGAAGUUUUGCGACUCGUCCAAUGUGGAAACGAGUAUCUCUGUAUGCCAGAGCGACUGUAACCACUUCUUUGAUUUGCCUUCUGUUAGCGAGCGACGAACGCUACAAAGAAUCGCGCAGGACAUGGUUAAAAGGAACAGAGGUACUCACAGGUAUACGCCGCCUGAAAGAAGAUUGUCGUCGACAGCGCGUAAAGAGGCGAACCGAGAAUGCCGAACGUGGCUGAUGAAGCCACAUUUGCGUGGCUCAGGUACCAAGUCCAGCCGAAAUGUCGUGCCGAAGUUUCUGCCUCAGAAGGGCGCGCGAGGUAAAACGAUAUGUAAGUAUGUUGAUAACGGACUAACGGUUAUUCAAGCUUUGGCGCCGGCGGGAGCUUGCAAAUCGAAAAAAAGAAAAAACUUCGGGAACAAGAUGGCGGGUUUUUUUUCAUGGCUUCGAAGGCGCCUGAGUCAUGCGAAGAAGGUCAACGGGUGAUUUCUGCAGGCUCUUUUUAACUUGCCAGAAAUGUACGACUGGUUAAAAUCAG